AUGGCUUUAAAGAUUGGUACUAUCCUUCUAUUCUUCCUCUGUGGUGCAACUCUUUUGGGAGACAAUCUGAAAAUUGUUGAUGCUCAAAUAUGUCCCCAAUUUUGCUAUGAUGAUCGUUCAUACAUGACUUGUCCUUCUUCAGGAAAUCAACAUCUCACUCCAGUAUGCAACUGUUUUCUUGCAACAACUGGAUGUACAAUUUACAGAGACGACGAAACUCCUAUUUGUACUGCUGGUUGA